AUGGCAACGGGGGCGUCGCGGGUGUCGGCGUGGACCAUCGGCGAAGGGCGUCGCGGGCCGGGAAAAACCCAGGUGCAGAUCUGGGUGGAGGGUCUGAGCGGGAUCGGCCCGGCGGAGGCGCUGCAGGUGUCGGGGCAGAGCAGCAAGGCGGACCAGCUUUCUGGCGUUGGUGGCGGAGUGCGGUGGCCGGCAAAGAGACUUGGAGGUUGCCGGGUCGAGUUGCGCGGACGGGAGCAGCAGGGCCCGGUGUCGUCGGAUUCGGCUGAAAACGAAGUUGCAGGGUCGUUGGGUCACUGCUGUUGCAGAUCGAGCAGUGACCGGCGAGUGAAGGCGUCGGUGGAGCAGCAGGGCGUCAGAUUGCACGGAUCGGGAGCAGCAGAGCUCCGGGUGUCGGGGACUCAGGGCGGCGCGGCGGUCGCUGCUGGCUUCGGGGCGGCAAGCAGCGUGGGUUGGGAAGAUGCAGGGACCUUGGCUGCUCGGGGUUGCAGCGGAGGUGCUGGAUCAACGGCGUUGGGGCAAGCCGCGGGUGCAGAGGCGGGCGGGGCACGGAGAGACCAUGGAAGGAGCGAAGGAAGGAGAUGCAGCUGCAAUGCUGCAGAGGCCAAGCCGAGAUAUGGCGUUAUGCUCGGCUUCGCGGACUCAAUGGCCGUCAACUGCGCUCGAGCUCACAUAGCCGACAUCAUCCAUUCCCACGGCGGCCGCCCGGUCACCUUGGCCCAGAUAGCCCGGUCGAUCGAGAGGGCCUUCCCCCGACCUCCCCCUACCUCUCCCCGCGUCAUGCGCCUCCUCGUCUGCCGCAACAUCUUCCUCGUCCACCACCCGUCCGACAGCGGGGACCCACUCUACGGCCUCACCGACUCGUCCUGGCUGGUCCGGGACUCGGAGCUGAACCUCGAUGGUCAUUAUGGAGAACCACCCGCUCAGCUCGCGCCGUGGCACUGCCUGGGCCAGUGCGUGAGGGAAGGCGGGAUUGCGUUCAAGAAGGCGCACGGUGGAGAUGAAGUUCGCCGGGACAACCCCGAGUUCAACAAGAUGUUCAACGACGCCAUGGCGUGCACGGCCAAGAUCAUAAUGAAGGCCGUCCUGGAGGCGUACGGGGACGGGUUCAGCCUCGUGGGGUCGGUGGUGGGUGGAGGCGGGACCGGGGGCGUGAUCGCCGAGAUCGAGGCAUAUCCUCAUAUUCGGGGGAUCAGCUUCGACUUGCCGCACGUCGUGGCCACGGCGCCGGCUCACGGCGGUGUGAGCACGGAGGCACAUGUUCGGGCCAUUCCCAAGGCUGAUGCGGUGUUUCUCAAGUGGGUUCUACACGACUGAGGAGACGAAGACUGCGUGAAGAUACUGAAGAAUUGCAGGAAAGCCAUAGCAUCGUCGGAUCAGAAACCUGGGAAGCUCAUAAUGGUCGACCUGGUCCUUCUCGACCGGGAGGGCAGCGGUGGCCUGUUCGAGGACGUCGGAGUGACGUUCGACCUGCUCAUGAUGGCUCACCAGUCGGGAGGGAAGGAGAGGACGGAGUCCGAGUGGAAGCUGCUGCUGGAACAGGGCGGCUUCCCUCGCCACAACAUCAUCAAGAUCCAAGCCCUGCCUUCCAUUAUCGAGGCAUUUCCCCAGUAAAAAUAUCGUUUUCCUUCUCUCGGUUUGGUAAUUAGAUUUCGCUAUUGCACGCACGUACCUUCCCUUCGAAACUGUCGUUCUUCGAGUUCUUGCGUUAUUUAAUAGUGUGACGGUUAGUUCCAUUGUAAACUUAGUGUAUUUUCACCAUUUGCAUGCAAUUGGGUGUGGAUCAAGUGGUGUAGGGGUAUGCAAAAGAAUCGAGAAUUGCCCGAAACUGGACGGGAUUGAAUCAAUCCAGGGCCGACAAUUCCCGAUGAAUACAAUAUAUAUAUAUUAAA